AUGGCGUCUUCCGAUGAAGAUGAUAAACCCUCCACCGCCCGUUCCUCUAGUCCCGAACAAGCUCCCGAUCUCAGCAUAACCGCUGACGACAAUGUCUACCUGCACGCAGCCGGCUACAACGAGUCGCCCGACCGGGGCCUUAUACACAGCUUCGCGCGCUUCCGCUCCUCGCCGCUCGACUUCAUCCGUGAGGUAUCGCUGCACUUUUCAGGCACAGGAUGGCGGUCCUUCGAUGAUCACAUUGGGCAGCCAGAGUUCUACUCGGGCUUCAGCGAGGACAUGAAGGCGAGGGUGUUGAGCAACCCGAUGCUUGUAGCCAAGGUUCGCGAACUGGCAGACAAGCGCGUUGACGUGGAAGCGAAAGAAGGAUUGCUGGGUGAACAGGCGCAAAACGGGGGUAGCGUCGGCGAGAAGGAUACAAAGGCCAAGAGGAGGAUGCAGAUUGAGGAAUCGCUUAUGCAGGUCAGCGAGGGCUGGACGGAUUCCAUGAUCUGCAAGAUGGAAAGCAAGGGCUUUAUAAGAGGCGCAUAUUAUUUUGCGACACAACUCCUGACAAGAGCAUACCACCAGGGCGUGCACGUCUCGAGCGAGGAAGUGCUACGCUUACGUGCGGUUGCAGAAAAGGCUGCAAAAGAUAAACACUCCAUCAUCUUCCUCCCUUGCCACCGCUCUCACGUCGACUACGUCUCCUUGCAGAUCAUCUGCUAUCGGCUUGGGCUUGCUUUGCCAACUGUAGUUGCUGGAGAUAACCUGAACAUCCCCGUCCUCGGGUCCUUCCUACAACAUGCGGGCGCAAUGUGGAUACGAAGAAGCUUCGGAGACGAUCAGCUGUAUAUCACGUUGGUCCAAUCGUACAUUGAUACCCUGCUGCAAUGCGGAUACAACUUGGAGUGUUUCGUCGAAGGUGGGAGGAGUCGUACAGGCAAGCUUUUGCCGCCCAAGUUUGGCAUACUCAGCUACAUGCUAGAUAGUGUCGCGAGUGGCAGGGUAGAAGAUGCCAUCAUCUGUCCGGUUUCGACCCAGUACGACAAGGUCAUCGAGGUCGACUCAUAUAUCAGCGAACUUCUCGGUCAACCCAAGCCCAAAGAAAAUCUAAUGGACUUUCUCUCCGCUUCCUCCGUCCUCUCACUCAAACUCGGCCGCGUAGACGUUCGCUUCCAUGAGCCAUGGUCGCUCAAAUCCUUCAUCAAUCAGCAACGCGAUCGUUUCUCAAAACUACCCCAACAACUAGAUACUAAAGAAGAUCGUCUGCGCCUCCUCCGCACACUAGGCUACAAAGUGCUGUCGGAGAUCAACGACGUCUCAGUUGUGAUGCCGACCGCCCUCGUGGGUACUGUGCUAUUGACGUUGAGAGGACGUGGCGUAGGAAAAUCAGAACUAAUACGCCGUGUCGAAUGGCUCAGCGACCGGGUUCGCGCUCAAGGUGGUCGUGUAGCACACUUUGGCAAUCUCCCCACUAGCGUUGUCGUUGACCGCGCUUUAGAAGUCUUGGGACCUGGCUUGGUUGGCCUUGUCCCUGGCUUACCAGAAGAUACAUUCUACGCCGUCGAUAGGUUCCAACUCUCCUUCUACAGAAACAUGACCAUCCACCUCUUCAUCUUGCAAAGUCUGGUUAGCGCAGCGCUGUACACACACGUCAAGCAGGGUGGCGGUCCGGAGUACCAACGCAUGUCCUAUGGUGAUUUGCGCGCGCAGGUACACUUCCUAUCACAACUCUUCCGUGGAGAGUUCAUCUUUCCCACCGAAGGUCUGGAUGUCAACCUGGCGAAAACCCUCGACGGACUGGAGAAAGAUGGUGUGAUUACCAUGUCACGGUCGAAAACCGAGCUCGGGGAAGAGACAGUCGAUUUUAUUGAACUCUCACCAGCCGAACGGACCCAAGGACGCGAAAACUACGACUUUUAUUGUUUCCUCAUCUGGCCAUUUAUUGAAGCCGCGUGGCUCGGUGCUAUCAGCCUGAUGAUGCUGACACCACCCGUCUCACCCCUUCGUACUCCUACACCCAAAUCCUCCUGGCUGGACCUCAAGAAAGUCCAAGACCGCGCACAAGUCCUCGGAAAGACUCUUUACCACCAGGGUGACCUCUCCUACUUCGAAGCCGUAAACAAAGAAACGCUCAAGAAUGCCUACGCACGAUUCCAAGAAGAAGGCAUGAUUCUUGUUACCAAACCCAAAGGCAAGACUCCAGCUACUAUCAAAUUGGCGGAGGAGUGGACUCCGCAAAGAGGAUCUGACGGCGGUAUCAUUGCGGACGGUCCGUUGUGGCGCUUUGCUGAGCGGAUCAGUGCUUCCAGAAGGGAGGGCAAGAACAGGCGGGACGGAGCGACAGUGCAAACGAGGGUUUUGGCGUUGGCGGAUUUGGUUGGUGAGAAGCUUUGGGAUGAAGCCGUAUUCGAUGAAAGAGAACUAGAUGGUGAGGAGGUAGGGGUUGUAGAAGGUCAGGCGAAGAGCAUGCGAAAGAGAGGGAAUAUGGCGCGACUAUAG